ACCCCACCCAGAAAGAAAGUGAAAUCACACAUCCCAUGUCUCCCUGAGAUUCCAUUCUUUAUUUCAAAAUUGCUGUUUUUUCUCUGCUAAUUCCUAUGACACUUUGUGGGGCUGUUUAUGUUUCCCUUCCCAGUAAUUCCAUUAUUAGUUUCAUGACUUGCCGUUAUACAAGGAACAAGCUCACACAGAGAGAGUAUAAAAAUUUCUCAAUAUCUUCUACCAAGAAAGAGAGAUUGCAAGUUCCAUUAUCCCUUGUUUGAUUUAGAUGAAGACAAGCAUGGCAAAGAGCAUCCAAGACUUGUCAUCCAAGAAGCAGUUGUUCCACUGGACAGCCAAAGUGAGUAAUGAAGAAGCAAUAGCAGAGGAAGAAGAAGAAGAUCUUUCCUUCAACCCAUCAUCUUCUGCAGAUAAUACUGAUGCUAUGAAAGAAGAGAAGAAAGAGAAAGAGAAAGAGAAAGAGAAAGAGAAAGAGAGAGAGAAUGAGGAAUCAUCAUCAUCAUCAGUUUCUGCAAGGAGGAAGAAGCUGCAAGCAAUAGCAGUGUCCAGGCUGAAAUCCAUGAUUAUUGGGUUUGGUAGAAACAGAGGCCAUUUCCAUGGCUUGGGAACAAGGCUUGUGGGCACCCUUUUUGGGCACAGGAGGGGGCAUGUCCACUUUGCAUUCCAGAAAGACCCUACUUCUCACCCAGUCUUCUUGGUUGAGCUAGCCACCCCCAUAACCGGCCUGGUUCGAGAAAUGGCGUCCGGGCUCGUUAGAAUCGCCCUCGAAUGCGACAAGGACAAGAAGGCUGCAGCUGCAAGCAGGCUCAUAGAUCACCCUCUGUGGACAACAUACUGCAAUGGAAAGAAAUGCGGGUUCGCAACCAGGCGCGAAUGCGGGGCCAAAGAAUGGGAGAUUUUGAAGGCUGUGGAGCCCAUUUCUAUGGGUGCUGGUGUUUUACCAGCUGGGAAUGGGAAUGGGAAUGGAGAAGAAGGUGGUGAAAUCAUGUACAUGAGAGCCAAGUUUGAGAGAGUUGUUGGAUCAAGAGACUCAGAGGCAUUCUACAUGAUGAAUCCUGAUAGCAAUGGUGCUCCUGAACUUAGUAUUUACUUGCUCAGAGUUUGAAGCUACUGUACUACUUAGAUGCAAUUUUUUUCUUUUUUUUUUUUUCGGGGUGAAGGGUAUAUUUUAAUUAUCAUCUUUAGAUGUCACAAAGUUGAAUAUAAUGAAUCCUCUGUGUAGCUAAGGGCAUGGACAUUAUGGAGAUGUAGUGAUCUCCAAUGUUGUUCUUUUUUCUACUACUACUACUACUUAUCAUCAUGUUAAGGAAUUGAAGAAGAUCCUUCCUGUUCAUAGAAUGGAGAAGACUGGGAAUCCUUUGUAUCAAUUUACUUUUUGGGUGGAAUGGAAAAUACUUACUAUUAUUGCACAAUAA